AUACGAAUUAAUUUUUUUAUUGACUACACAAAUUAUUAUACCACCAUAAUUAUUCCUUGCAAUAACUACAUACUCGAUAAAAUUUAAUUAAAUCGUGUGCAAUGCAUGUUUUCUAUGCUAGUAGCUAUUAAAAGUUUUUGAAUAAUUCGGCUAGAUUUUGAUAUGCUCUCAUUCAAUUUGUAGUGUAUACAACUAGACCACACAAUAAAUGUAAAACAAAUACAGUAUCUAUGCUAUUGCGACCAAAUCCAAAACAUGAUAAAGAAAAUAGUAAAUCUCCACCCUCGCAAGCUUGAGUAGCAGCUGGUAACGACACAAUAUAAAGACCUUAGUUUUGUUUCUUAGGAUGCAUGUAAUCGAACAAAAUUAAAGCUUCCACUAGCUCCCACUUUUUGUUAUACCUUUCUCUGUCGUCUCUCUCUCUAUCACUAUGUGAUCUUUUAUUCUACCUCUUGGCACAUCUUAAGCUGAGAAAUUAUCUAAACCCACCAUAAUUCUUAUAUAUAUCUCAUGUAUGAAGAUUGAAACCCAAGUACUUUUUGAGGCAAAUAUGGGUAAUAAUAAAGCCCAGAAUGUGUUACAUAUUUGGACAUUGUUUUCGCUAUUCGAAAUGAUCCUCUCAAUGCAAGACCGAAUGAAGGUAGCAACUCCCCCUCUCCCCAUUCUUCCAUUCCCAUCGUAUUCACAACUAGAGUGGCAGCAAAGAGAGAUGAUAAUGUUCCUCCAUUUUGGUGUCAACACCUUCACCGACCGCGAGUGGGGCACCGGCCACGAGAGCCCGUCCGUGUUCAGCCCGACGGGCCUCAACGCCAGCCAGUGGGCCGACACUGCAGCCCGAACGGGCUUCUCACUGAUGAUUCUGACGGCCAAGCAUCACGAUGGAUUCUGCUUGUGGCCCUCAGAAUACACUGAUCACUCUGUGAUCGGAAGCCCUUGGAAGAAUGGGAAGGGAGAUGUGGUGAGAGAGUUCGUGGAGGCGGCCAAGGCCCGUGGAAUCGAUGCGGGCUUCUACCUGUCGCCGUGGGAUAUGCACGAUCCAAGAUAUGGGAAUGAGAAGCUCUACAAUGAGUACUACAUGGCUCAGUUGCAAGAACUGCUCACUAGGUAUGGAGGAGAUAUUAGGGAGAUAUGGUUCGAUGGAGCAAAGGGUUCGAAUGCACCAAACAUGAGUUAUCAUUUCCAGGAUUGGUUUUCGAUGGUGAAGGAACUACAGAGCAACACCAACAUAUUCUCCGACGCUGGACCGGACGUCCGUUGGGUCGGAAACGAGAACGGAUCCGCCGGAAAGACAUGUUGGUCAACCAUCAACUCUACAUCCUUAUCAAUUGGCAAUACUUCCACUAGUUAUCUUAACAGCGGCGACCCGAAAGGGACCAACUGGGUGGCGGCGGAGUGCGACGUCUCCAUCAGAAAAGGUUGGUUUUGGCAUAAAACAGAGUCGCCGAAAAAGCUAAGUAAACUACUCAACAUUUACUACUCAUCCGUCGGCAGAAACUGCGUUCUACUGCUCAACGUGCCGCCAAACUCCACCGGUCUCAUAUCCGAAUCAGACGUGCAAACUCUGCAACAAUUUAGAGCAGCGAUCAACACUAUCUUUUCCACGAAUCUGGGCCAAGAAUGCUCGGUUGAAGCAAGCAGCCAAAGAGGAGCCCAUUUCGGGCCUACAAACGUGCUAGAUGAUGACCAUUUGUGGACAUAUUGGGCUCCGAGUGAAGAGAAACAAGAUUAUUGGAUUGAAUUGAGGGCCAAGAGUGGGAAGAUGGCGUUCAACGUGAUCAGGAUACAAGAAGCAAUCGGAUUAGGGCAAAGGAUCGAGCAACACGAAGUUUACGUGGAUGGGAUUAGGGUUGCAAGAGGAAGCACAGUAGGGUACAAGAGACUUCACAGGUUGGAAAUAGCAAGUGUGGAAGCAAGUAGCGUCAGAAUCAGGAUUGUCAAAGCAAAGGGAACACCUUUGAUCUCGUCUAUAGGCCUGCAUUUUGAUCCCUUUUGGAACCCUAAAACAAGAAUGUCUACUACUAUCCAAUCCUCUCCAUGAUUUAUUGCUCGCUAUGUCAAACUUACUUGAGUAAAAAUAUUUAUAUAUAUACUUUGCAUUAGUAAUGGAGAAUUUCUUGAACAGAGAUUGAACACUUUCUGUGUUUAAAUGCCCAAACAUUAACAGAAAAGCAAAACAUACAGAAGAAAGAAAGGCACCAUUUUACCAAACAAUAUAUAUAGAGCGUAUGCUCAAAGAGAAGCUUCCUCCAUUGUUUCUUGGUGCUUAAUCCUAAAAGCAGCAGUGAGAUGAAGGCCCCCAUCAAUCUGAAGUGUUAGCAUUGGUCGAUACGUUACAGGUUCUGAUUCAUCUGCCAACUUAAACGAGAAGGCAGCGAGCAACACAGAUGCAAAAACCUUCAUCUGUCUGUAAGCAAACUCUUUCCCUAGACAGAUUCUUGGACCUCCCUG